AUCAAUGGGUUGAGGAUUAGAUGUUUCUUUAGAUGCUGUUUCUGUUCCGACUUUACAAUUUUAAUCUGCUGGAUGAGGAGAAAAGGGCUGGCGUCGUCUUCAGCGCGUCCCUUCAUUUCCACACAAGAUCAACGGUGGGCGUGGGUUUUAGGAUUGUGAGGACCUUUCCUCUCCAGCCCUACCUCUCUGGCCCGAUGGCCAACCGCCUGCUGGGCAGAUGCGCCCGCCUGAUCGGCAAGUCGUCCUCUCAACCUGUGGCGGCUGCCGCUGCUGCCCGCUUCUAUCUGACUUUGGGUGGACCUGUAGAAGUGCCGAGGAUUAGAAGCCAGUUAUGGGUCACUGAGAGAUUCCUCUGUGAGAGGGCGAUAACCAAAGAUGAGCCACUACCCAGUCUUCCUGUUCGCACUCAGCUGGAUGAGAUGGUAGAGAAGGCGUCUACUCCAGAGGAGAUCUUGUGUGCUUGGGAAGAACAUCAAGGGAAUAGUAAUCAGGCGGCUGCCGCCCUGAGGAGGUGGACUCAGCUGAUGCUAAAGACUAAGGGGAAGUUUAAGGGAGAUCAAACAGACGUGCUGACAGAUCCAAGGCUCCUUGAUAUGAUGGACACGCUAUCAAAACAUGUGUCGUUGGUGUGGAACGGCAAUCUGGUGACUGUUUUACGGACCCUCGGGAUCAUGAAGGUUCCCCCUACCAAUCCAGUACUGAGUUCUGUCCAGACAGAGGUCCUGUGGAGAGUCCGAAGGCUGUCCUGCAAGCAGCUGGCCUUCCUGAUAGACUGGGGAGCGGGGAAGAAAGCGCCACAAGACGUAGCCAUAGUGAACUCUGCCUUAAAACAGCUGGAGCUGCGCUGGACUGAAAUAGCCGAUGCUAAAACCGUCUGUGUCUUGAUAUCCAGAGGAGAAAAAAUGGCACCUUCCUUGAUGGAUAGACUUGAAGACAAGGCUUUGGAGCUCUCGGAGAGCUUUUCAGUGGACGACAUCAGGAAAGUCUGUGUUGCUUUGGCAGCUCAGAGCCGCAGGAGUGUCCCAUUACUGAGGGCGGUGUCCUACCACCUCCUCCAGAAGCCCUCAUCUGAGUUCACCACUCCAGUAAUAAUGGACCUUGCCUUUGCAUACGGAAAGCUGAAUUUCACCCAUUCCCAGGUUUUUCAACGAAUGGCCAGCGAGUUGCUUCCCAGAGUUCCUGAGCUCAGCCCCACUGAUGUCACACGCUGUGCCAAGUCUUUGGGCUUCCUCAAAUGGCUCCACAUUCCUCUCUUUGAAGCCUUUGCUGAGAACUACACAGCAAACAGUGAAAAGUAUAGCACUCUCCAGCUCUGCAAUCUGCUCAUGACUUUUGCCAGACUUGGCUUCCAGCCCAGCAAAGGAGAGGAGUUUUACAGCAAGGUCCAUGCUGUGUUGAAGGAGUCUCUGGCGAGCCUGGAGCCGUUUUUGCAGACAGAUGUGGUGUGGUCUCUGUGUGUGUUACAGCAGGCCAAGCCUCACUAUCUCAUCCCUCUAACUCAAACAAGUCAUGUUACCAACCUGUCAGAAGGCAGCCCAGCUCGAGUGGAGAACUAUACGCUGAAGCUGCUGCACAUCGCUACCACUCUCCUCUUGGAGCAUCCCGGGUCCUCGGACACUGUGCCCUCUCUCGGUGUCCUGUCUGUCCCAGCUACCAGCUCGUCCUUAUCUGAGCUGCAAAGCAGUCUGAGAGAGGCGUUACAGAGUUUGGUGGGUGGGAAGACGGGGGCCCUUCGCACCGGUGUUGACACCGUCUAUGGGUGGACGAUCGAUGGAGAGAUUGUCGUGGAUUGUGACAACAAACCAGUUGACAUGUCGAUGCUAAAAGCCCCUCAUCUACCAAAUGGAGGAGGAGCCCAGGAUUUACCGGCAGGGUCACGACGAUUAGCUUUUCUGGUUUGGGAAUUUCCCAGCUAUGGCUCCAAGAGCAGAGAGCUUCUGGGACGCUUCGUCAUGAUGAAGAGACAUCUUCAGCUGGCUGGUUUCAUCCUAGUGGAGGUCCCAUACUACGAGUGGCAUGAGCUGAAGACCGAGUGGCAGAAACUGGCAUACCUGAAGGAUAAAAUGGGGAAGGCCGUGGCCGAGGACAUCGCCAAGUGAACUGGACGAUCCGUUCAGAGCUCGGCUCGCUCCAAGCUUUCCCAGUCCAGCGGGACCCGCAGGGAAUGCACACAUCCACCCACCUUCACGCUCGGGUCGGAGCAGUAUCACAUAUUUUUCUCUCUCGUUCCCCUGGCAACAUGUGGGGCUUUCCCUGUUUCCACGGCGACGGCGAGUAAAGAGUUUAGGAUGAGGAGAAAGACAGAAAUAAACACAACGGAGAUAUGAUCUGAGCAAGGACUUUGUCUUUACAUCUGCACGGGGCUUGUUGCUACAGAAGCUCGGCAGCUGUGUGAAAAACCUGGUGGAGAAAUGCUUCUUAUUAAGAUGUAACUAUCAGAAUAACUUAUAUCUGUCAAUGUGUGUCAUCUUAUGAUGGAAUAAAUAGUUUAUUACAA